CUCCCUCAGGCAGAGAGCACACAGGCGCGUCACUAGUAGGCGGCCGAUUGGAUGGAGUUGGCGCUUUUUGGGCCCUGGAUUUUGUCGCUGCCUCGGAAGUAAAAGGAGGCUGUCCCCGGGGGAGUUUUCCCGGUUAUCGGGGAAAGGUGUGCAGCCGCAGCCGCUGCCAUGGGUUUCCUGAAACUCAUCGAGAUCGAGAACUUUAAGUCGUACAAGGGGCGCCAGAUUAUCGGCCCGUUCCACAGGUUCACCGCCAUCAUCGGACCAAAUGGAUCCGGGAAAUCCAAUCUUAUGGAUGCCAUCAGUUUUGUGCUGGGAGAAAAGACAAGCAACCUGAGAGUAAAGACCCUGCGAGACCUCAUCCACGGGGCACCCGUAGGCAAGCCAGCAGCUAACCGGGCCUUUGUUAGUAUGGUGUACUCUGAAGACAGUGGCGAAGAGAAGGUUUUCUCAAGAGUUAUUGUAGGUGGGUCUUCAGAGUAUAAAAUCAACAACAAGGUAGUUCAGUUAUCGGAGUACAGCGAUGAACUGGAAAAGCUGGGAAUCCUGAUUAAGGCUCGGAACUUCCUGGUGUUCCAGGGGGCGGUCGAGUCCAUUGCCAUGAAGAACCCCAAAGAGCGUACGGCCCUGUUUGAAGAGAUCAGUCGGUCAGGAGAGCUGGCACAGGAGUAUGAUAAGCGCAAGAAGGAGAUGGUGAAGGCUGAAGAAGACACACAGUUUAAUUAUCACCGCAAGAAAAACAUCGCUGCUGAGAGGAAGGAGGCCAAGCAGGAAAAAGAAGAGGCGGAACGGUACCAGCGAUUGAAAGAUGAGGUGGCUCGAGCACAAGUUCAGCUGCAACUGUUUAAACUCUACCAUAAUGAAUCUGAGAUCGAAAAGCUAAACAAAGAUCUGAGUGUUAAGAACAAGGGGAUAGAGAAGGACAAGAAGCAUAUGGAUAAGGUGGAGGAAGAACUCAAGGACAAGAAGAAAGACUUGGGGAAGAUGAUGAGAGAGCAGCAGGCCAUUGAGAAAGAGAUCAAAGAGAAAGAUGCGGAACUGAAUCAGAAACGUCCUCAGUAUAUUAAGGCCAAGGAAAACACUUCCCACAAAAUCAAAAAGUUGGAGGCAGCCAAAAAAUCCCUUCAGAAUGCCCAAAAGCAGUACAAGAAGCGUAAAGCAGAUAUGGAUGAACUGGAGAAGGAAAUGCUUUCUGUAGAGAAGGCUCGGCAGGAGUUUGAAGAACGGAUGGAGGAGGAAAGUCAGAGUCAAGGACGGGAUCUUACACUGGAAGAAAAUCAGGUCAAGAAAUAUCAUCGCCUAAAGGAAGAGGCCAGUAAGAGAGCAGCCACUUUAGCCCAAGAGCUUGAGAAGUUUAACAGGGACCAGAAGGCUGACCAAGAUCGACUUGAUCUGGAGGAGAGGAAAAAAGUGGAGACAGAGGCUAAAAUUAAACAGAAAUUGCGUGAGAUAGAAGAGAACCAGAAGAGAAUUGAGAAACUCGAGGAGUACAUUGCCACCAGCAAGCAGUCACUGGAAGAACAGAAGAACCUGGAGGAGACCUUAACUGAAGAGGUGGAGCUGGCCAAGCGAAGGAUUGAUGAGAUUAACAGUGAGCUGAAUCAGGUGAUGGAGCAGUUGGGAGAUGCUAGGAUUGACAGGCAAGAGAGUAGCCGACAGCAGCGGAAAGCUGAGAUUAUGGAGAGCAUAAAGCGACUGUAUCCUGGAUCUGUGUAUGGUCGACUGAUUGACCUUUGCCAGCCCACCCAGAAGAAGUACCAGAUUGCAGUCACCAAGGUGCUUGGAAAGAAUAUGGAUGCUAUCAUUGUUGAUUCAGAGAAGACAGGAAGAGACUGCAUCCAGUACAUCAAAGAGCAGCGUGGAGAACCCGAAACCUUCCUUCCUCUUGAUUAUUUGGAGGUGAAACCCACAGAUGAGAAGCUAAGGGAGCUGAAAGGAGCCAAACUGGUGAUAGAUGUUAUCCGAUAUGAGCCUCCGCAUAUCAAGAAAGCUCUACAAUAUGCCUGUGGUAAUGCCCUGGUCUGUGACAAUGUAGAGGAUGCACGCAGGAUUGCUUUUGGAGGACAUCAAAGGCAUAAGACAGUGGCCCUGGAUGGAACCUUAUUCCAGAAGUCUGGUGUGAUCUCUGGAGGUGCCAGUGACUUAAAAGCCAAGGCCAGGAGGUGGGAUGAGAAAGCAGUGGAUAAACUCAAGGAGAAAAAGGAGCGCUUAACAGAGGAACUAAAGGAGCAAAUGAAAGCCAAACGCAAAGAGGCUGAACUGAGACAGGUGCAGUCCCAAGCCCAUGGUCUACAGAUGAGGCUGAAAUACUCCCAGAGUGAUCUGGAACAAACCAAAACCCGGCAUUUGGCUAUGAACUUGCAGGAAAAAUCCAAGUUGGAGAGUGAACUGGCCAAUUUUAGCCCUCGUAUCAAUGAUAUUAAGCGGAUAAUUCAGAGCAGAGAACGGGAAAUGAAAGAUCUGAAGGAGAAAAUGAAUCAGGUGGAAGAUGAGGUUUUUGAAGAGUUCUGUCGGGAAAUAGGUGUCAGAAAUAUCAGAGAGUUUGAAGAGGAGAAGGUUAAGAGGCAAAAUGAGAUUGCCAAGAAAAGGUUGGAAUUUGAAAAUCAGAAGACCCGUCUGGGCAUUCAGCUAGACUACGAGAAGAACCAGCUGAAAGAGGACCAGGGCAAAGUGCAGACAUGGGAGCAGUCUGUAAAGAAAGAUGAUAAUGAAAUAGAAAAACUCAAAAAGGAAGAGCAGAGACACAUGAAGAUAAUCGAUGAGACGAUGGCCCAGUUGCAGGAUCUGAAGAACCAGCACUUGGCUAAAAAGUCAGAGGUGAACGACAAGAACCAUCUUAUGGAAGAUAUCCGUAAAAAGCUGGGGAGUGCCAACAAGGAAGUCACCCACCUUCAAAAGGAAGUCACCGCCAUUGAAACAAAGCUCGAACAGAAGCGCAGUGACCGCCAUAAUCUGCUCCAGGCCUGCAAGAUGCAGGAUAUCAAACUGCCACUGUCCAAAGGCACCAUGGAUGAUAUCAGUCAAGAAGAGGGUGGGUCUCAAGGAGAGGAGUCUGUCAGCAGUUCCCAGAGAUCCUCUACUGUUUAUGCAAAAGAGGCAUUACUUGAAAUAGAUUACAGUGACCUCUCUGAGGAUUUGAAAGAUGCAGUGGCCGAUGAUGACAUCAAACAGGAGAUGAGCGCAUUGCAUCAGAAGCUAAAUGAGCAGCAGAGCAUCUUACAGAGGAUUGCUGCUCCCAACAUGAAGGCCAUGGAGAAACUUGAGAGCGUCAGAGAUAAGUUCCAAGAGACAUCAGACGAGUUUGAAGCUGCUCGAAAACGAGCCAAGAAGGCUAAGCAGGCCUUUGAGCAGACCAAGAAGGAGAGAUUUGACAGGUUUAAUGCAUGCUUUGAGUCUGUUGCCACAAACAUUGAUGAAAUUUACAAGGCCCUCUCUAGAAACAGCAGUGCCCAGGCUUUUCUGGGACCAGAGAACCCAGAGGAGCCUUACUUAGAUGGGAUCAAUUACAACUGCGUGGCGCCUGGUAAGCGCUUCCGGCCAAUGGACAACUUGUCUGGAGGAGAAAAAACUGUAGCGGCACUUGCUCUGCUGUUUGCUAUUCACAGCUACAAACCAUCACCAUUUUUUGUACUGGAUGAAAUUGACGCUGCCUUGGAUAAUACCAACAUAGGAAAGGUGGCAAAUUAUAUUAAAGAGCAGUCAAUGUCUAACUUCCAAGCCAUUGUCAUUUCUUUAAAAGAGGAGUUCUACACUAAGGCCGAAAGUUUAAUUGGUGUCUACCCAGAGCAAGGGGAUUGUGUAAUCAGCAAAGUUCUGACGUUUGACCUGACUAAGUACCCAGAUGCAAACCCCAACCCAAAUGAUUAGUGGACACACUGAGGCUUAGAUGGCUGUUGCUUCUGUAGCAUUUCAUACAUGGAACUUUUUUUCUUUUUUUUUUUUUUAAUUUGGACUCUGCUGUCUGGAUAUCCCAAGAACACUUUACUGGCUGGCACAUCCACACAUGUGAGACUGUUUGGCCAUGGCUGUUACAUGGGCAGGCAAGCAUUUUUUGGGGACUUGUGCUGGUAUCAGCUUAUGGCGAAAUUUGGCUCAAGCCUUCUCCACUCCUAUUACCCUCAUUUAUUUUUUCUAACCAUGAUGUAAUUAUACAACGUCUUAUCCUUUCUCUCAGAAUUGUGGCAUUACUGUGUUGAGAGCUGUAUUUUUACCCCCCUUUUUAGAGGCAGAAACAUUUAAUGCUUUUACUACUCAUGUUGCUGUACUGGAUUGUAAUAGUUUUAUCUGCUACUUUGAUUACAGAGAUAUGGUGCAUUGUUUUACAAUAAAGAUCAUGUGUAAUAUCUU